CGGUUUUCUGUCUAGAUUUCAUAAUUUUGUUUCUUGUUUCUUCAAGUUUUAACUUUUUACUAUUUUACUACCUACGUUGAAAACUUUAACGCCGCCGUUGAUUGAAGUAAUUUAUACGAAGAAAACGUCAUGGCGCCUAAAACGCAGGUUGAGGUUGAGAGGUUGAAAAGGGAGCUAUCAGAGGCGAAAGGCUCAGCCAAGGCGUUGCGAGAUCUACUGUCCGACAAAAAUAAACAGUUACGAGAAUAUAUACAGAAGGCAACUUAUUUGGAAUUGGAAUUGGAGGCCGCAGAUCAGUUGCGUACGGCGAUUACGAUUAGAAAUUUGGUAGAAAAGGUCGAAGAGACGGCUAAGCCACCAGAAGUUGAUUCGUAUGAAUGGAAAUGCGGCAUGAGUAGAGAAGACAGGUGGGAAGCGAUUCUAAACGAUAUCGAAGACCAUGAUUGGGUUAGUCGUUUCAUAAACUGUAUGGAGAGAAUAAUUGCUAUAGUGCAGAAACGUGACGUUGAAGCGGGAUCAUCGAAAUGUCACACUGAAGAUGAUAAAGAAAAUAAAGACGAUAAAGAAGAUAAAACCAAACCGAAACCGAAACCUUCACCUUCGCACGAACAAGUUGCGCUAAAAAUAACGAACAUUAUUAGCCUAUGUGAUCGUACAGUAAAUGGACACCUGAACCAAAUUCCAGCAUAUGAAACGUUAUUUGCAUCACCUGAUAUGGUCGGCGCCGUCAGCUGCCUGCAAGAUUUAGAACUCCAGAUUUACUGCUUGAUUGAAGCUGAAAGACGCUCCAAGUUCGAAAAGCGGAUGACAACUACUAACAAGGGUAAAUCCCAGGUUCAAGAUUUAAAUCGGCAGCUGAGAAAGGCGAAUGCCUUAGUCAAAGCUUUGACCACAAGACUGACCAGUGAAGGGCAAGAAUUGCAGAAAAGUAACUUGAAAGUGGCUAUUUUACAGAAGAAAUUGGAGACGGCUGAUGGAUUGCGUACAGCCAAUAAGAUUCGUAAUUUGGUAGAGAAAAUCGAAGAGGCCGCUGCGCCAGGCGAAUUCGAUUCGUACGAAUGGAUGUGCAUUAUUGGUCGAGAGACACGGUGGCAAGAAAUUCUUAAAGAUACCCAAUGCUAUGAAUGGGUAAACAGAUUCCUCAGUUGUCUUGAUAGAAUCAUCACCAUCGUUAAAAAAGGUGACAUGGUAGCGAGCUCGACGAAAUCAAAGUGUUGCACUGAAAACGCGAAAAAAGAUAAAAAAAAGGAACCCGAUGAUGAUGAAGAAGAUGAAUCGAAACCUACGCAUGUAGAAGUCGCGCUAAUCGUGACAAAUGUAAUUGAAUUGUGCAAUCGCACCGUCGACGGAUAUUUAAACCAUAUUCCAGCUUAUAUGGAAUUAUUCAAUGCACCCGAUAUGGAAGAAGCUGUAAGAUACCUUCAGGAGUUGGAACUUGAGAUGUAUACCUCGAAUGAAGCUCUAAAACAUCAAAAUGGCGAAAAGUCAUAUACUCGUUGAUUUAAUUUGCUAUUUUAUGAGUGAAAUAGGUAUUCUGUGAUCGAAUUAUUACAAAUAAUAUAAAACAAUUGUUAUGAUAA